CUACGGAAGCCGCAGAGUGUAUACACAGCUAACCAACAGCUAGCGAGUUAGCUUCCUGAAGAUGGCUAGCUGGGGGAAGGUCGCCGCUGUCCUGAGGACCGUUCUGAGGAGCCCUCGGUCUCUGAAAAGCGUAGCAGUGCGCCGGUCGGUCGGUCCUGGUGUCGUGGGCUCUGUAAUCGGAACCGGGCUCCUGUGUUAUUACCAGUAUCACGCCAGCAGCAGGACGCUGCCCUUCGCCGUUCAUGCGGAGGAACAAAAAGAAGCUCCAGCCCCCCAGCUGUCGGCCAGAAGGAUCCGUUUCAACCAGUUCGCCUCAGUGGUCUAUGAACAGGAGCCCUACAUGACCCCCAGAGACUUCUUGUUCUCUGUGAUGCUGGAGAAUGUCGACCGAAAGCUGCAGAAGAGGAUUUUAACAACAGAGGAAGUGAACAAAAUGCUGGCGGCUGCCUCUAAAGCUCGAGGUGGUAACGAUCUGUUCAGGACGUUAGGAGACAACGGGUUGCUGUCCUACACAGAGUACCUGUUCCUGCUCACCAUCCUGACCAAGCCGCGCACGGGAUUUCAUAUAGCUUUCAAAAUGCUUGAUGUUGAUGGAAAUGAGCAUGUCGACAAAAAGGAGUUUCUCAAGCUCAAGAAAAUCAUUGGGAAAGGUAAAAUGCGAGUUCCUAAGGACAGUGUAGAGAAACCGGCAGAGGAAGGGGAUGCUGCAAACACCACGCUGCAGGCCUACUUCUUUGGGAAGAGAGGAGAGAAGAAGCUGCAGUAUCAGGAGUUCCGCAGGUUCAUGGAGGACCUGCAGGCCGAAGUGCAGGAGAUGGAGUUCCUGCAGUUCUCCAGAGGUAUGGACACCAUGCGGAGGGAAGACUUUGCCGAGUGGCUGCUUCACUACACCAACGAGGAAGACAAUGAAGUCUACUGGGAGAACAUGAGGAAGAAGAUCCCUGCUGGCCAGAGCAUCACAUUUGAUGAGUUCAAAGUCUUCUGCCUCUUCACCAACAACCUGGAGGAUUUCGCCUUCUCCAUGAAGAUGGUCACAGAAGCCAACCGUCCAGUGGGAAUGGCCCAGUUCAAGCGAGCUGUGAGGAUCGCCACAGGCCACGACCUGUCUGAGAACGUGCUGGACACGGUGUUCAAGCUCUUCGAUAUGGACGGAGACAACUGCCUGAGCCACAAGGAGUUCAUUGGCGUGAUGAAAGACCGAGUGCUGCGAGGUCUGAAGGUUCAGCCUCAGAACGGCAUCUCCGGCUACUGGAAGUGUGUGAAGCGAGAGACCCUGAAGGCAGCUCAGGAGGCCCUGGGAGACACCGGGUGCCCCAUCUGAACCGCCCAGAACCACUACACGACUCAGACCACUGCUCAUUUUGGCAUCUUAUGAUCAAAGUGGCGUGGAUGAGAUUAUACCACAUGUAAAGGCAUUUAGGAUUCAUACCACUGUCUGGUGUACACAUGUUUACAGAGUAAUGUUUGAUGUUAGCUGAAGAUCUGGGAUGAGGUUGUGGUGUUUACAAUUACUUUUCUAUUGUGCUUUUUAUACUCAGAUUGGCUGAAUAAAUUCAUUUUGCACUCUACAAUCACAAGCACUUAAGCAACCCGGCUACAGUCGGCUCGUUUCUGAACCGCUGGAGUGAAAGUGAGGAGUUACACAAACCUGGGUUCACAGCUUCUUGCACGUGCAAAAGAAAAAAGCUUCUGGUGACGUGUGCGUGGGCCUGGAAGGUACCUGAUCAGUCAGAUUAUGAACAGCAGCAGCAUCAGUGUCUUCUAUUUGAUUCACAUCAGCUCACGUUGUUGCCAAAGAGAACAGCAGGAGUUCAUCUGAUCUAUGGAUGAAAACAACAUCAGAAUUUGGGAACGUAUGCAUGUGUUUGAGUUGAUGUUCCUCCUGCAGGACCACUGGGCUGGUCAGUGAGGAGGAAUGGGAUGAGCCAGCAGAGCUCCAUAUCCUGGUUCCUCUCAGUGAUCAGCUCACUGGUUGUUACUCAGCGUGUUUACAAAGCUGUGGUUCUGAUUGGUGCAGACUGAUACCUUGUGACGGGCUUCUGCUUUACCUGGUGUGGGGAAUCAUGUUAUCGUCCAAAUAUUUAUCAAAUAAAGUUUCUAUAAAAACA